GCAAGAUGGUGCACUUUGUUCCUUUGAGUAAGCUCCCUGAUGCGAAGACCUUAGCAUACUUGUUCAUUGAACAUGUGGUAAGUAGUGUUAAGCGGAUCAUAGGCGUGGUUUAUCGCAAGUACGUCAACUCCAUUUUAAGAGUGAAUCUUCAACUCCUGACAAGAGAAAAUGGUGGGCACAAGAUUCCAUGACGAAGAGGAUGAACUCCUGCUAACCCGCAUGUUGAAGAAGGGUUAUGACCGGACCCGGAAGCAGGCCGAGAAGAGGGCGAUUGUCGUGGGGGUCGUCAAGGCCUUACAAAAAAAAUUUGGACGGACCCACGACGAAAUGCAAAUUGUUAAAAAAUGGUCUGACCUGAAAAGGAGGCACCCGGACUGGGUCAAAGAGCUCAGUCAGAGAGUCUGCCCUGAGCUUCCAGCGCCAACGGUCCGCCGCCGUCUAACCACGGCGGAUUUGGAUGUAGUGGAGGUCUCCACAGAGGAGGAUGAGCAGGCGGGCCCCUCCCACAGUCCUCGAGGUACCACCAAACCACCUGAUGUGGGGAUUGUUGUGGAGGUGUCAGACGAGCCCGGACCCUCUCAAGGGCAAAAAACAUCUGGCCCAGCUCCUGCUGAGGAGGAGAUCGCCACCCCAGCUCCUGAAGAAGAGGAUGAGGCGUUGGUUACCACCCCGCACCAGGAGGUAAUCAAGAAAAUUUCUGCUAAAAGUGCUCUAAUGCAAAAGAGGCAUGGGAAAAUCAGGCAAUUAAGAGCCCUCAUUCAAAAAUCCCAAAGAAUGCUGCAGGAAUUUGAAUGCCAAUAUGGGGAGGACCUAAAGGAGCUCGCAAGCCUGCAGGAAGAACUGCAAAAGUUUCCUUAA